AUAGGUGUCGCGGUGGCUGAUGGGAUAGCGCCGCCGCCGUGUGGACAUGUCCGCCAUGUUUUCCACAGUGUUCCGGCGCAGAAAAACGGCGCUAAUGUUCGCUUAAAGCGCAGCGCACAUGACUUUUUGCGGCGGUUUUCGAUCGCCGGGAGCCCCAAUGAGCUGUGUGCGUGUUACGGCGUGCGCUAACGAUGAGUAAACUGUCGUUCCGAGCGCGUGCGCUGGACGCCGCCAAACCUCUGCCGCUUUUCCUCCGCGCGGAUCUACCGGAGCUCAGCGAGUGCGCGUCCAUAAACCGGACGGUGCCGAGCAUGCCGAGCGGGAUGGAGAAGGACGAGGAGCUGGAGCAUCACCUCCAGAGGGCAAUCUCAGCCCAGCAGGUGUUUAGGGAGAAGAAGGAGAACAUGGUCAUCCCGGUGCCUGAAGCCGAGACCAACAUCACCUACUACGACCGUUUGUACAAAGGAGAUGUUAAAGUUCCAAAGCAGCUCAUCCACAUCCAGUAUGUCCUCACCUCGGGUUUGUCCUCAGCUCUGGGUUUGGAUCUGGAGCAGCCGGACUAUGACAUGGACUCGGAGGAUGAGACGCUACUCAACAGGCUCAACCGUAAAAUGGAGCUCAAACCGCUACAAUUUGAGACAAUGGUGGACCGGCUGGAAAAGGCCAGUACUCACCAGGUACUGAACUCAGAUCAGCUGAUCUCUCUGCCAGAGGCCAAGCUGUUGCUGAAUGAGGACGACUAUCUGCUGAAGUCAGUUUAUGACUACUGGGUGAGGAAGAGGAAGAACAGCAGGUGUCCUUCGCUCAUCCCACAGGUCAAACAGGAGAAACGCGACGGUUCCACCAACAGUGACGCCUACGUGGCCUUCAGGCGCCGCACAGAGAAGAUGCAGACGAGGAAGAACCGGAAGAAUGAUGAGGCAUCUUACGAGAAAAUGCUGAAGUUGAGGAGGGAGUUCAGUCGGACCGUCACCAUUCUGGAGAUGAUCAAGAGGAGGGAGAAAUCCAAACGAGAGCUGCUGCACCUCACGUUGGAGGUGGUGGAGAAGCGGUAUCAGAUGGGAGACUUCAGUGGAGAUAUUCUCAAAGAUUUAAUGCUCCCCCUGGUGGAGAAACCGGCGUACAGCAGCCUGGUCAGCCUUACCAACAGCAACCGCUACAAAAACAACACGAAGACGAAGGUGUACAAGAGGCAGGAAGUGAUGGACGACGACCCUUUCAGCUUCCUCCAGCCAAAGAAGAAAUUCACUAAAAGAGACGGUCUGUAUCCACCACGGCGUCCCGGGCGACCUCCCUGCCCCUACACGGUCAACAAGGCCGACAUCAAACAGUACGACUUCCACAGCUCGGGGGAGGACGACCUCCCACCACCACUGUCUCCUGCGUCUGAACCCGAGGAGGAGGGUCAUCCUGAUGGCGUGUUUGCCUUCAGACGGAAAGCUGGCUGUCAGUAUUUGUCUCCUCAGACGGAGCAGACAGACAGAACCCCGUGGGAUGGUCCUGAACCAGGACUUGGUCUCCACCCACUUUUCAGCCAUCACUCUCUCACUGAGCUGUCUGUACCUCAUCACUGGAUUGGACUUGGCCGCCGCAGAGUGGGUCGAGGUGGCAGGAUCAUCUUGGAUCGAGCCUCAUCUGGUCUGGAUCCGGCGUUGAUGCAGUUGGACUCGGACACUUUUUCGUACUCCGCAUGCUCCUCUGUUGACACGGUUCAACCGGAACAGAAGGUUCUGCUCGGUUCAGCAGAUGGUUCUGGCUCUUUGACUGAAAUCCUGAACAGCAUCCAGACCAUCAGAUGCUGCUGUUUCAGACCAAAGAAGUCGCUGGACCAGUGCGCCAGAAGCCACAGGAUGGGACGACCCUCCCGAGAGGAGGGCGUCUCCAGCUGUCUGUCCAGUCCUCAAAGCGCUAGUUUAGCAGGUGGCAUUACAGAGGAGCAGUUCCAGAACCAUCAGCAUCAGCUCGCACAGAUGCAGAAACAGCUGGAACAGCUGCAUCAGACACACGCUGCUUCAUCCAGACAAAUGCCACCGCUGGAAUGCCGUGCUGCGCUGCAGGCCAACAGGUCCACCGUGUCAAAGACUCUGGACUCGGCCCGCGCUCACUUUGCUGCCUCGGCUGUGAUUAGCUCCCCGGUCCAGUCUCCGCUCCACCUCCACGGCCAGAACAAAGCCUACAAGGCGAGCGUCAACGGCGUCCUCCACGCUUCAGGAACCUCGAGACCCCUUUACUCCUCGAGGUCUGUGGUUCCAACGCGAGACUCCUCCCCUCAGUCCCUCCCUCACCAGUGGAGCCACAUCGGUGCCGUCUCUCCUGCCCACCACCACAGUGCCCGGCUCUCCGCCCCGUCACCGUCUGCCUUAAAGCUCGCCACUGUGGCUGCCACCUUGGACCGUGUACCCAAAGUCACGGCCGCCACCGCCGUUGGCAGUAUAGCCAGAGACGCGUCGGAGCCGGAGCGCCUGACGAAUGGGAUGUCGGAGGCCACACUGGCCAUGGAGGUCACAUAGCACCGCCCCUGCCCCGCCCCCACCUGACUGGUGAAUGUGAUAAGCUGUGACCUCCUGGAAGAAGAAUGCAAAGCCCCGCCCAUGCCGCCGCAGGGCCGGUGUGGAGCCUCUUUUAAAGCAUUUGUUGAUAUUGUAAAUGUCUGUUUUGUACAUUUGGACUUGCCUCAGUGUAAAAUAGAAUCUUUGUAUCAUUCAGAUGUUUUUUUUUUCUGUUACUUGAAUCAAAGUGAACUCAUCAUCGUCAUUUUGCACUUGAAAAAAAAUGCAAAAUGUAAGUUGGGCAUAAACAUGCAGCAGUGCUGGCAUCACGUGACCUGCAUGUUGGCUUAUUUAUUUCAUCAUGUUUACAUUUGUAUUUCUUUAAAACACACAAAUCUUCAAAAUAUCUCCACUCAUCUUGUAUGCGCUUAUUUUCCACAGAGGGAAAAAUGAGCCAAGUCUAAUUUGGUUUCACAAAUUAUCUUGGAAUUGUUUUUUUGUUGUUGUUUUUGU